AUGUGGCCCCAUAAGAGAGGUUUGGGGACUCGACUAAGUUAUGGUGUUGAUGGCAAUGUUAUUCUGUGCUUGAAUGAAGGAGAUGGAUUUCAAAUGAGCAAUUUAGAGCUUGAACUGGUCUUUCCAAGGCACAGAGAGUUUGCUGAUACAUUCACGGUGGAUAAAAAAACCAUAAAGGUGCUUACCAGUACAAACUCGGUUGAUGAACAAAUUGUGAGGUUUGGGAAUAGUUUGGAUAGUAUUUUGUCAAAAGAGUACAUUCCAAAUCGAAUAGCGUCUUCUUUCAAAGUUGAAACAAGAGCUAUUACCUCAAGUAUGGCUUAUGAUCCCAAUUGUGGAGACUUGUUUAAAUUGUUCAAGGUCUGCAGCAACAGCAACAGCAACAGCAACAGCAACAACGAAAACAAAUCAGUCAAGCUGCUGAAUGCAUUGGCUUAUGUUUAUGGUGAGUCACGAUCAGUUAUGUGUGUCUCCUUGAUAUCACAGGAAAAUGAAUCAAAAUCAAUCCAGCUUAUCGAUCCGUUCCAGGUGGACUUUUUGGAAAGAAUUCAACAAAUUGAAGUUUCUGCUUCAAAAAUCAUUACAAGCAAGGUUGUUCUUCUUGUGAGAACAGACACUAAUGUUACUAUUAUUACGUGUAAGCUUUCAGAUUGCAGUACAAGGCUCAAGGUUAAAAUUGUAAAAAAAAUAAACUUUGAAGAAUCUGCAAGAACAGGAUCCAUAUUUGCUCAUGGGUGCUUUUGCCAACAAAAUUAUAGAAAAUUGGCCUUGGUGGAUGUCAAUGGCAGACUAACUACUUGGCAAUUGAGUAAGGGGCUUACAAAGGUGCGGAAGCUCAACUCAAAUGAAAUGGAUUUGAACUUGUCAAGUUGUGACGCUGACGAGUUCUCCAAUUGGAUAAAUAUUUGCUGGCCAUGUGAUAACGACACGAUUUUGCUAUUGACUCGAACCAAAAUUCUGAAACUUUACCUACGUGGGGAUGUGACGAUGACAUCGCCCAAAUUGUUAAUUACGUCGAACACUUGGUCAAGAAUCAGACAUUUUUGUACUCAAGAAAAUGAAGCGUUUCUUUUGACAUCUAAAGAGUUUAUAUGGCUUAACUUUGAGAAAAAUAACUUGCAAAGAGUACUUUCUUGGAAACAUUUCCUCAAUGAGAAUGACCCGUCCCUCAAGUUUGAUGUUUUGCAUAGGGAGGACUAUUACCUUAUAUAUAUUUACAGUCAAGUGAGUCCUUUAAUCAUAACACUCACUUUCGGAUAUAAAGAUGGCAGACCAUGCAGUCUACGAGAUCCCUAUUUGAUCAACGAGUUUGUUGACUCUACUAAGCAGCUAGCAACAAUGUGGAACGAUGAGAAAAAAGAAACGAUACUAUUGUUACAUUCAACUCCAAACUUGUUACUAAAAACGUGUUUCCUUACAAGGGGCACCAAAGAAGCUCACGACAGUGAAAUUACUCGACAUGCCUUUGUCAGAGAGCCAGAACAUCUCCACCUAUCUUUUCGAGGACGACGGCGAAUGCAAAAUAUCCAUCACAAAAUUUCGAUUUCGAAUCAAGACCAUGCAUCUGAAGAGCAGCUGAUUGAGCUGAUUCACAAAUAUGCUUUGGAGCUCAACAAGAAAUUCAACCAAAUCCAUAAAUCCACCGAUAUGGACAAUUCUUGUGGCUAUUUUUCCUUAUAUUAUCUCGACGAAUGUAUACCUCUUGGACUUCUGGAUAUACACGACUUGGACGAUAUGAUCUCCGACUUGCAUUCUAGCUCAAUCACAAAUAACGUUCAAAUUAAGAACCUUGUAUACAAUUCAUUAAUACGACCAUUGCAGUCAAAAAAUGCAUCAACACCACCUGAAAAUCACAUAAUCAGUCUAUUCCAUCUACUUGAGACAAACUACUCCCAUUCCAGCUCAAAAGUAUCGAUAACAAACACGGCAAUUGUUCUUGGGUUAUCCUUGAUUAAAUGUUUAAGAAACUCUGCCAAUUUUGAGGAUAGGUUCAAAGUGGCAAAGGCACAAUCUUCAUCUUCUGUUCAACAAUUGCUUGAUAGCUGGGAUGACUACUCCAACUCCAACUCCAACACGCCAAUCGAUGCCACUGGCGUUGUUAAGCGCCACAAAUCCAAAAUGCGUACAAAAGAACCUACUUUAUACUUGGGAGCUUCCAGUCAAACACUAAACCCGGGAUCACAAAAACAAAAGACAUCAAACAUUACCAACUCGCAAGCAAGCCAAUUGAAUCCUUCACAGUCACACAUUGGGUUCCCUUCCUCCUCCAACACCACCGCCUUAUCCUUUUCCCAGCAACUCGAAUCCGGUAACCGAACCACUAGUAGCAUGCUCCGAGAAUCGCAAGGCAAUUCCCAAAGUGGAAGCCAGCUCAAACGGAAGAAAAAGAAAAGGAGCGGUUUUUAA